AUGGCUGACGGACUCAACCAAGCACGAGCCCUUCGCGUGGCCGAACUCAUCAACGACUACCGCACUCUUCUCAUCCACAUCCCCCAGCAGAAUGUCGACGCAUCCCCCGACGAGUAUAAUGAAGAGGGAUUCGUGGUGAUGCGCAAAUGUCUCGCCGAGAGCCAGGCUCUGCUCUCGUCCAACUACCAUCCUACUGCCGUGCCACCCCAAUUCAGCAAUGCAGAAGCAGAAAAGGCAGAGCUCAAGAGGGUCAUUCUGGACGGAAGCGCCCGACGGUUCCAAGCGCAUCGCAUCUAUCUUCGUGCAGCGGCCGCCAAACGCUGGGCGAUACACCGGGCCAGUCUGCUGCGUGGAUCGCGGCCAACGGCUGACCACGCCGCGCAGCUGAAGAGCAUCAGCGAGUCGUUUCGACGGGAAUACGCUCAAGUGACAGAUCAACACGUUGUUGCGGACCUCCGGGCGGCCGAUCUGCGGGCAGGUCACUGGCUUAAUGAUGAUCCUCCGUUGGAGGUGAUUCUCCACUGGAUCCGGGCGAAUUCAUAA